CGCACCGCGCGUUCCGGUAGGCGGGCGCGGGGGAGGCCGGUGUGGUCAGAGCUCCGGUGCAGGCAGGGCCGGCCUCGCAGGACUGGCGCGGACGGCGAGCGGGCGGCCGGGGCAGGGAGGUGCAGACCGCGGGGCCCACGUCCGGGCUGCGGGAGCGGGGGCGGAAGGCGGGGCGGGGCGGGCCCGCGGGUGUUCUGAGAAGGCGGAGCCGGGCGCCGCCGGGUCCUGAGGGGCGGCUCGCCCCCUGCGGGCCCGGGGCAGGUCGGCGGGGCCGCGGGGGCAGGGCGGGCUGCGUGCCGGGUCCGGCCCUGCUCUGCGGCCCGCGCUCGGCGUUCCGGGCCGCGGGGCUGCAGGUCUGGCCUCCAGGUGUGGACCUAACAGCGCCCUGUAGCCUUUUGAAGCGCUGACAUCUGCGAAGGGCUUUGUGCUGCAAACUCAGCCACAGCGCGCCGUCGUCCCGGAAGCGCUUUGACAUCCCUGAAGUAGCGCUGUGCAAACUGAAGCGCUUGGUAAUCGCGGAAGCACGUUGUGGGCUCGGAAACCGAAUCAAAAGAAGCCUUUGGGAAAUCCUGGGACCUUCUGGACUUCUCCGAAGCGCUCUGGAAUCGCAGACGUUGGAAGCGCUUUGGCAUCUCUGAAACCUUGAGAACUGUGAUGGGCAGUGGAAAGAAGGGGGAAAGGUGCCCAUGGCGUCGGAGCGGCGCAAGGUCAAGUACCACUGGAGCAGCCCUUCGGAGCGGAGUUCCCGCAAACGCAGCUGCCUCCGGGAGCCCAGUGAUGUGGCCCCCUCCAGCCGGCCAGUUCGCAGCUCUGCGUGGCGUUCCGGAGGGGCCAGCAGCCCCAAGCGCCUGAAAGCCCAGAAGGAGGACGAUGUGUCCUGGGGCUCAUCCCGCCGCAGAAGUUCCUCCUCCUCCUCCUCCUCCCAUUCCUCUGGCCCAGGUGUGGGUGGGGCCGCCUCCAAAAGAAGCCUGAUUCAGAGCUCGCGGGGGUUCCUUUCGGCGGGGGGAUCCCCUUUGCGCCCUGCCAGACCUUCUCUAGAAGAAAUGGCUUCUCUUGAGGAGGAAGCCUGCAGCCUUAAGGUUGAUUCCAAAGAUAGUCCUCGUAACUCCACGGAUUCUGAAUUUGCAGCCGAAGCUGAGAAUCGAAAGGACACAACUGAGGAACCAAACAAAGUCCAGAAAAGGCAGAAGGAUAGACUUCGAGACCAAGGCUCUACCAUGAUCUACCUAAAGGCCAUCCAGGGCAUCCUGGGAAAGUCGAUGCCAAGAAGGAAGGGAGAGGCUGCCAUGAGGGCGAAACCCAACACGGCGGAGCGCACCAGCCGCGGAGAGGGUCCAGCCAGGAGUGUCACCGUGUCUGCUCCUCAGAAAGAGAAAAAGUCGGCCCCAGAGCUCAGAGCGGAGGGGAAGGCUGUGCCGGAGAAGAGCGGCUUCUGCGACAGGAGAGUGGUGAUAGAUCCUCAGGAGGAGCCCAGCGAGGAGCCCCUGGGUGGCCGACGGACGGUCCUUGACAAGCACUCUCCACCUCUGGAGUUUUUGGAUGACUCUGACUCGCCUUUAAACGGCCAAAAGCCUAGAGACCGGGAGGUGGUGAUGGAGCGCACCUCUUCAGGAAGUGACUGGUCCGAUGUGGACGAGAUUUCCACAGUCAGAUUCUCACAGGAGGAGCCAGUCUCCCUGAAACCUUCAGCAGUUCCAGAGCCUUCUGCCUUCCCCACGGACUAUGUCAUGUACCCAGCUCACUUGUAUAGUAGUCCCUGGUGUGACUACGCCAGCUACUGGACCAGCGGUCCCAAGACCUCCGGCUACCCGUCUGUGGGCCGUGGUGGCAGCGACACGGCGCAGGCGGGGAGGAGUGGCCGGGACACUUCUCCCCACUCGACGGUGAGCCCCCAGUGCACCUCCAGAGAGCCCGAGGCUGCCCAAGAAGUCAGAUCCAGGAAGAGUCAUUCAUCUCGUUUCUCCAGAAGCUCAGAAGAAGAAAAGGUGAAGGAAAAAAGAACAUUCCAGGAGGAUGUGCUGCCACGACCGUGUGGAGGACCUGCAUCUAGCUCCCUGCCCAGGAGCCGUCGGGAGCUCAAGCUGGACGGUUUCAUUGACACCCACUGUCACUUGGACAUGCUCUAUUCCAAGCUGUCCUUCAAAGGGACCUUCACAAAGUUCAGGAAAAUUUACAGCAGCUCCUUCCCUAAAGAGUUUCAGGGCUGCAUCUCUGACUUUUGUGAUCCUCGCACACUGACAGAUGGCCUCUGGGAGGACCUGUUGAAAGAGGAUCUGGUGUGGGGGGCCUUUGGCUGUCACCCCCAUUUUGCACGUUACUACAAUGAGAGUCAAGAAAGAAAUCUUCUGCAGGCCUUAAGGCACCCCAAGGCUGUGGCAUUCGGGGAAAUGGGCUUGGAUUACUCUCACAAGUGUACCACGCCUGUCCCGGAGCAGCACAAGGUGUUUGAGAGGCAGCUGCAGCUGGCCGUGUCUCUAAGGAAGCCCUUGGUGAUUCACUGCCGAGAAGCUGAUGAAGAUCUGCUGAAAAUCAUGAAAAAAUUUGUGCCUCCAGACUACAAGAUUCACAGGCAUUGCUUCACGGGCAGCUAUCCGGUCAUCGAGCCCCUGUUGAAGUACUUUCCCAACAUGUCCGUGGGCUUCACGGCGGUCCUGACCUACUCCUCCGCCUGGGAGGCCCGGGAAGCUCUGAAACAGAUCCCGCUGGAGAGGAUCAUUGUGGAAACUGAUGCUCCGUAUUUCCUGCCUCGACAGGUUCCCAAGAGCCUUUGCCAGUAUGCCCACCCAGGCCUGGCCUUGCACACAGUUCGAGAGAUUGCCAGGGUCAAAGACGUGCCGCUCGCCUGCACCUUGGCCAGCCUGCGUGAGAACACCUGCCGCCUCUACAGUCUUUAAGCAGAGACGGUGCCGUCAGGAGUCUCCCAGAAAAGGACAACCAGCGGCCUGGCAGGAGAAAGGCCGUGUGAGCUCUGCCUGUGUGUCCCCCGCUUGAGGAGCUCGCCGGGACAGGAUGUUUCCUGAGACCUCUUGGGAGGCCUCCGCUUCAGGCUGGUGGGGGGGGGGGGGCGUGCGUGGGCAGGGAGGGCUUCGGGCUGGGCUCCGGGCCGCGGGGCUCCAGGGCCGCCCAGGAAGACGAGGAGGAGGAGGAGGACGUGCGGGCGCGGCGAGCUUGGCCCCCAGCGCCUGCCUCUGCAGCUUGUGGUGUGAGCAGCCUGUGGAUCGCGUCACACUCCUCAGCUGGGUGCCUGUGGGCGUGUCACUUGGUUCCUGGUUCUCCACUCCACACACGGACUCCUGGGUGGGCACUCUCUUCUGGGGGACGUUUGCCAGAGACGCACGGGAGAGGCUGAGGCUGCGGCCGGUGAAGGCAGCCCUCCCUUCCCCGGGUAACUCCUCAGUCUGCCUCUCGCUGUGCCAGGGCAGCUCCGGGUCGGCACUGGCGGAAGGACCUCGGCUGCUGGUCUCACUGGUUCCACUGCCACCGAUACGGAGGGGCCACAGGGGCACUCGUGGGCCAGGGCAAAUCCUGGGUGAGGGCCAUCUGGACAGAUUGGGGGCCUUGAGGAGGAGGAAGCCUGCUUGAGGAGGAGGACCCCGAGGAAGGUGUUCUCAUGUACAGAUGCCCCCAGAGCUGCAGCUCAGUUGUGUUAAACUGAUAAAGGUCCAGUCUGCAGCAGAAGCUGUCUGCUGAUCUGCUGUCAGGGGCUCCCAGCCAUGCUGUGCUCCUCUUUGCCCCCUUUUCCCGGAGCACUGGACCAAAAAUACUCCUGUUACAGCUCACGUAACAGCCCCUUGUGUGCCCCACCCAGGUCGAGAGGUAAACCAAUUCAGUUCUCCAAAGCUCUGCUGGCACCGCCAGCCUUGUUCUACGGCCCGUGCAGAACAAGAGGCCUGGUGUCCCUGAAUCUCCCAUUCCUCCUCCCGGGGCUCUCCCUCGCCUUGGCCUCUGCUGUGUCCUUUCUCUGUGGUGGAAGUGAGAGCCCCGCCUUGGACUGUGAGCAGCCAGGUCAUCUCAUGUCCUGAGCUGUGCUCUGCUCCCUGCUGGUGCCUUGUGAAGGUGUGCAGGCCCUGGAAGGUGAUAACGGCCAAGGGCUCCGUGUGAGGACGCUCUGCACGUGGGACAACAGGAUCCUUUAUCUGAAUCUUCCUCAGGGCAGCAGGCCACCCUGAGUCCCUUGUCUGUUUCUUGGAGGGCAGUAGCUGACAUCGUAAGAUCCAUCACUCACGCUGGAUGCCUGUAGGUGUUUGUGGAAGGAGCUUCUGAACCUCCUAAGCUGCAAGGGAAUGGGCUUCGCAUUUCACGUGUGGUGUUUCCCUCCUGCCCCGGGGCCCGAGUUGCUGGCCCGGGAAGUAGGCCUGGUUCACUGUCGACCUCCCACGGAUCGGCUGUGCGUCAUCUGUGCCUCAGAUUAGGGAAUCCGGGACCUUGUUUGCCCGCUUGGAAGAUCUGGGGGACUAAGUACUUCAGAGUGCUUUACUGUCACCCUCAUCCAUCUCCCUCACGACAAGUCCUGUACGUCACGACUGCCUCCGAGGGAAACCAGCCGGGCCUGCGUUCAAGACGUGAGUGCUAACUCAGCGGACGUCUCUCAGCCAUUGCAGUCUCCCUGCCAAAGCACAGCACCAGGUGCUACCUACUUUUAUCUCCAGGAGUCAGGACUGUCAUUUCUGCGACACAGGGAAACGUUACCCUUGUGGGGGGUGAAGGCUGGAUGGCACUGUUGUGCUGUCGUGUGUGGGUGGCCGGCGGGAUUGUUGUUGCUGUGUUGCUGGAUGCGUCUGUGUCGCCGCCCAACGCCCCCUUGACCCUCUCUUUCUGAAAAUAAAGUGAUGGGUCUUGA